AUGGCGUCUUUAUUUGGCUCUACAACGUCUACAACAGUCACCAAUCAAGAAUUAAAAAAUGAUAUUGAAGUUAUUCAGCCACCAGAAGAUAGUAUUUCAGAUCUUUCUUUUUCCCCUCAAGCAGAGUUUUUAGCAGUUUCAUCAUGGGACAAAAAAAUUAAGAUCUAUGAAGUUCAGCCGUCAGGCCAAACAACACCAAAAGCUAUGUAUGAGCAUCAGGGCCCUGCCUUGUCAUGCUGCUGGUCAAAGGAUGGAACUAAAGUGGCAUCAGUUGGUACAGAUAAAGCAGGCAUGCUUUUUGAUCUUCAAACAGGUCAAAAUGUCCAGGUUGCAGCACAUGAUGCACCAAUCAAAUCAUGUCGCUUUAUUGAUGGUGGCAAUAUGGGGAAUAUUCUUGCAACAGGAUCGUGGGACAAAAUGCUUAAGUAUUGGGAUUUGAGACAACAGCAGCCUAUUGGAACAAUUCAACUCCCUGAGAGAUGCUAUACAAUGGAUGUUGUUAAUCAAUUAAUGGUAAUUGGAACAGCAGAUCGACAUGUAUGUGUUGUUAAUCUAAAUAACCCGACAACGAUUUUUAAGACGACUCAAUCACCAUUGAAAUUCCAAACACGUGUUAUUUCAUGCUUUGUUAAAGCAAAUGGCUAUGCCAUUGGCAGUGUAGAAGGGCGAUGUGCGAUUCAAUAUGUAGAGGAUAAAGACGCAAGUUUGAAUUUUUCUUUUCGAUGUCAUCGUGAUUCUACUGGGCUUGCCAGCAACAGCUCCAAUGUAUAUAGUGUUAACGAUAUUUCGUUUCAUCCACAGCAUGGGACUUUUGCUACUGCUGGUUCCGAUGGAACUUUUCAUUUUUGGGAUAAAGACUCAAAACAUAGACUAAAAGGAUUCACCAAUGUAGGUGGAUCAAUUUCAUCUACUGCUUUCAAUCGAACUGGUGACAUAUUUGCUUAUGCUAUCAGUUAUGACUGGAGCAAGGGGUACCAAGCAAAUACACCACAGAUGCCCAACAAAAUUAUGCUUCACCCAGUUGGCGCUGAUGAGCUUAAACCUAGAGCGAAAAAAACUACACGAUAA